AAGCGGACGAAUCAUUUUGUCUCGUGUCUUGUGUCUUAUGAUAUAAAAUUAUAGAAUGACGGACGAAGUGGUAAUUUCGGACGAUCCUGUCCAGAAGGAAGAAGAAGUUUCUCAUUUUCAAGCACCUGCAAUUCAACACAAUCCUGAUGGAUGGGGUCCUUGCGAAUUACCUGAUCAAUUCAAGGAUAUACCUUAUCAACCAUUCUCCAAAGGCGACAGAUUGGGCAAGAUAUCCGACUGGACCACACCAGCAUUCCAAGAUAAGAAGUUUCCCAACAAGUAUACAUCACAAUUUGGCUCAGGCAGUCAAUAUGCAUACUAUCAUGAUGAAGAUGAAACAACUUUCCAUUUGGUCGAUACAACUCGUGUACAGAAACCACCUUAUCAACGUGGUGGUCGCUUCCGACACAAUCAGAGGAAUCUACGUGGCCGUGGUGGUCAGCGGGGUGCGUUGAGCCAGAUGCAACAGCUUAGCAAACUAAAACUGCGCGAAAGAGAACGUAAAGGCCAAACAAAACGCUGGGGUAGGCAGCAGGGGUUGCGUAAUCAUAAAAACCAACCACCGAUUAAAAUUCGUGACGCAUCUGUUACUGUCAGACCUGAUUGGGUAACUAUUGAAGAAAUGGAUUUUCCUCGCUUAGCGAAAUUAUCUUUACCCAGUGUAAAAGAUGGAGAAGAUAUUUUGUGCUGUGGCUCUCUUGAAUAUUAUGAUAAAACUUAUGAUCGAGUAAAUGUCAAGAGUGAAAAACCAUUGCAACGAAUCAAUAGAAUUUUCCAUACCGUUACAACCACUGACGAUCCAAUAAUUCGCAAACUAUCCAAAACUGAGGGAAAUGUUUAUGCUACAGAUGCAAUUUUAGCAACAAUCAUGUGCUGCACUCGCAGCAACUACUCUUGGGAUAUCGUAAUUGAAAAAAUUCGGGAUAAACUAUUUUUUGACAAGCGAGAUAACACUGAAUUUGAUUUACUAACUGUGAAUGAAACCAGCGUUGAGCCUCCUCAAGAUGAUGGAAAUUCUUUAAAUUCCCCUAGAAACUUAGCUCUGGAGGCUACAUUUAUCAAUCACAACUUUUCACAGCAAGUAUUAAAGUCCAAUGAACCUCGAUAUAAAUUCGACGAAGGAAAUCCCUUUAUUUCAGAAGAGGAGGAAGGUGAUGUUGCUAGUGUGUCAUACCGGUACAGGAAAUGGGAUUUAAAUAAUGGAAUUGUUCUCAUUGCAAGAUGUGAACAUGAUGCUGUUAUGCAAGGACCAAAUAACGAAACUCAGUUUUUGACUAUCAAGGCUCUAAAUGAAUGGGAUUCGAAGUUGGCUAAUGGUGUGGAAUGGAGACAGAAGUUAGAUACGCAACGUGGUGCAGUAUUGGCAAACGAAUUACGGAAUAAUGCAUGCAAAUUGGCAAAAUGGACUGUUCAAGCAUUAUUAGCUGGUUCUGAUCAAUUGAAGUUUGGAUAUGUAUCGAGAGCAAUGGUUAGAGACUCCAGUAAACAUGUUAUUCUUGGUACACAGCAAUAUAAACCGAACGAAUUUGCAACACAAAUCAAUCUUAACAUGGACAAUGCUUGGGGUAUAUUAAGAUGCAUUAUCGACAUUUGUAUGAAGCAGAAAGAUGGGAAAUAUCUUAUUAUGAAAGAUCCAAACAAGCCAAUGAUAAGACUAUAUGAUAUACCAGAUAAUACAUUUGAAAGCGAAGGAGAAGAGGAUGAAGACGAUGACGAGCCUGUUAAUGAUGCUUUUCAGAGUUAACAGAAUCAUGAAGUUUCUCUCAGGUCGUUCCAAUCAUUGUUUUAAAAGUCAUUGAUCUGUACCAUGAGCACAUACUGUAAGAGGGAAAGUGUGGAUAAAUAAACAAAUUCUAAUGAAA